GAGUAUGAAGAGCAGCUUGUUCUGAAUCAGGAAAUUGAAGAGAAACCUUCCUCCUGUUUGACACGUGAAGAAGACUGCCAAAAAAAAGAAUAUUUUAUGGUUCACACUCACACAGGUCCGAAGAUUUAUGAAUGUCUGUCCUGUGGAAAAAUGUUCAAACUGAAAUAUCAUCUUGAUAAACACAUCAGAACUCACACAGGUGAGAAGCCUUUUUCCUGUACCAUCUGUAGCAAGAAUUUUACUGACAAAAGUAGUUUGACUUCUCACACGAGAAUUCACACAGGUGAGAAACCUUUUGAAUGUCUGUACUGUCGAAAAAGCUUCACACAGAAAUCUAAUCUCGACAAACACAUCAGAAUUCACACAGGGGAGAAGCCCUUUAAAUGUCUGUCCUGCGGAAAACGCUUCAUUCAGAAAUCUAAUCUUGACAAACACGUCAGAAUUCACACAGGUGAGAAACCCUUUGAAUGUCUGUCCUGUGGGAAAAGCUUCAACUUUAAGUCUGAUCUUAAUAAUCACAUCAGAAUUCACACAGGUGAGAAGCCUUUUUCCUGUACCAUUUGUAACAAGAACUUCAAUGACAGGAGUGGUUUGACUAAACACGUGAGAAUUCACAAUGGGGAGAAGCCUUUUUCCUGUACCUUUUGUAACAAGAAUUUUAAUGACAAGAGUAAUUUGACUAAACACAUGCGAAUUCACACAGGGGAGAAAUCUUUUUCCUGUACCAUUUGUAACAAGAAUUUUAAAGACAAGAGUUAUUUUACCUAUCACAUGAGAAUCCACAAAGGUGAGAAACCUUUUCUAUGUCUGUCCUGUGGAAAAUGCUUCACUCAGAAAUCUAGUGUUGAUAAACACAUCAGAAUUCACACAGGUGAGAAGCCCUUUCAAUGUCUGUCCUGUGGAAAACGCUUCACUCAGAAAUCUAAUCUUGAUAAACACAUGAGACUUCAUACAGACGAGAAGCAUUUUGUAUGUCCGACCUGUGGAAAAAGCUUCACCUCCAAGUCUGAUCUGAAUAAUCACAUCAGAAUUCACACAGGAGAGAACACUUUUUCCUGCAACACUUGUAACAAGAAUUUUACUGACAAAACUAGUUUGACUAAACACAUCAGAAUUCACACGGGUGCUAAAUCUUUUUCCUGUACCUUUUGUAACAAGAAAUUUAAAGAUGAGAGUAAUUUGACCUAUCACACAAGAAUUCACAAAGGUGAGAAACCUUUUGAAUGUCUGUCCUGUAGAAAAAGCUUCACUCAGAAAUCUAAUCUUGAUAGACACAUGAGAAUUCACACAGGAGAGAAACCUUUCUCCUGCACAAUUUGUAGCAAGAAUUUUACCGACCAGAGUAAUUUGACUUCUCACAAGAGAAUUCACAAAGCAGAGAAACCUUUUGAAUGUCUGUCCUGUAGAAAAAGCUUCACUCAGAAAUCUAAUCUUGAAAGGCACAUCAGAAUUCACAUAGGUGAGAAGGCUUUUGAAUGUCUGUCAUGUAGAAAAAGCUUCACUCAGAAAACUCAUCUCGAUAGACACAUGAGAAUUCACACAGGAGAGAAGCCUUUUUCCAGUACCAUUUGUGAGAAGGAUUUUACUGACGAGAGUAGUUUGACUUCUCACACGAGAAUUCACACUGCUGAGAAGCUGAAUGAUUUGUGACAAAGGGUUUAAACGAGAAGCUUAUAGAUAUGCAGGAUUUUGAAUGAUUUAUAUAUUUAUAAAAAUCAUUUGUUUCAUAGAAGUCAGAGCAGUUAGACACCACAGGGAUGAACAGUAGAGGCGUUUUCCAUGUUUGACUGGUGAUAAAAUGUCCAUCUAAACUUUAUUUGGCACAGUGUUAGAGCUAUGGUUAAUAGAUAUUAGAAUGAAGUAGAUCAUUUAUAGAGGAGUCUCAGAUGAAGAUUUGGGACAUAUAGAAGUGUUAGUCAGGCUGAUUAAUGUUGCAAAGUAGCUCCAGCCAUCUUGAAAAGGCGGUUCCAAAAAGUAAAAAAAAACAAUCUACUGGACUUUGUUUCCAAGUUUGAAGACGUUUUGCUUCCCUUCCAGGAAGUGCUUUCAAUUCAAAAUGUCAGAAAUUGCAUUGAGCUAGAGGCUUCAUAGAAUCCUUUUUUUAGUUUGCAAAGCACUAGUGGCUGUUUUUUGGACAGUAAGGGUAGAGACAUGCAGUAAAGGACCACACAUCAGAUUCGAAUCCGGGUCGGCUGGGUGAAGGACUAUGGCCUCCAUAGAUGGGUCAUGUGCACUAACCACUGCGCCACCAAGGCACACCUAUAGAAUGCUUUUUAAAGAUUUCUGGAAGUAUAAUUUUAAUAGUUUUCUUCUUGAUUCUGUAGAUGUUCUAUUCACUUGCUAUGAUUGAAAGUAACUAUUGCUACUGAUUCUAUGUAUUAUAUUCCGCUGUGGAUGUUUGUAAUUAUUGUAAUCACUUCUAAAUUGAUGAACAAGCAGCAAUAAAAACCUCAUGGAUUGUAAAAAUUUGCUU